UAACCAGACAGACGAAACGUUGUUCGCGAUUAUUGUCAGGGCUUCAACAAAGGGGGAACGUUUUAAAUCAUUGUAAAGUGGCAUAUAUCACGCUGGAAUUGCAAUUAGCGUGCUACGUAUCCGUGUCCCCCCGGUGUCGCGUUCACUUGUCGACGACGCGCUUUGUGUUUACGAACAAACGCGUGCAUUCAUCCAUCGUCUGAUUCUUCGCCGAGAGUUUUCACUAACAAAUUACAAUUGUGUUACAUGACCGGUCAUAACGUGACAACGUAAACGAACCAUAUUUUAUACUACUCUGGCCGUAGUCGUUGCCAAGCUUUACUUAUCGAUACUUUGCCGCCAAGAAAUAAUGAAUAUUGGAAAAGACUAGAAGAUAGAUUCAAAUAUUUUUCAAUGAUGAAAUUACUAGCGGGUGUGGAAGAAGUAAGCGAUCAAAGUGAAAAGCAAGGUAGCGACGAUCAACAGCACAACAACAACCAUGAGAAGCAACCAAAAACAGAUAUCACCCAAGAGACCCUCAAAUUACUUACUGGAGAGGUAUACCGCAGAACCUCCAAAAAGUUGGAGGAUUCGCCUAUUAAAGGUAAAAUUACGCCGGAAGAUGAAGAAAAAAUGAGACGUCUUUUGCCUUACGAGGAAGCUCCUGAAUACCUUCAACACAAUCCUUAUAUUCUUCAUGGUUAUCGAGGAUAUCUUACCACGAAGCUAUGUAUUGAAAGUAUAUUCUGGUGGACAAAUGAGACAGUAAAUAUAUGGAGUCACAUAUUCGGAUGGAUGUUAUUUUUUGGCCUGACUCUGUACGAUUUGUGUCUACUGAAUAUUCACGCACCUUUUGGUGACAAAAUGAUAGUAGCACUUCUAUUAGUUUGUUUUCAGGCGUGUAUGAUAUUAUCAUCGGUGUAUCACACAUUUUCUUGCCGAAGUGAACGUGAUUAUUGGUGUUUCUUAUCAUUUGAUUUAUUCGGCAUUGCUUUAAGCCUUUUGUCGAUAUACAUGUCUGGAAUUUAUUAUGCUUUUUGGUGUCACACGGAAUUACAGAGAUUUUAUCUGAUAACCGUGUUAGCAAUUUUUAUAUUUGCAAUGGUGUUGCAAAUACCAAAAUUAAACGUGAAUGGCAACGUGAAACUAGUCGUUUUUGUCGCUUGGGCGGCUUAUGGAGUUUUGCCAACGCUGCAUUGGAGCGUUGUUAUGGGCGGUUUGGACAACCCGAUCGUUAGGAUGUUGCUUCCAAGGGUAUUAGGAAUGUAUAUUAUUAGUGGUGUAGCAUUCGCCAUUUACUUGAGCAAAAUACCAGAACGCUUUUGUCCAGGAUGGGUGGAUUACAUUGGUUCUUCCCAUCAAUGGUGGCACGCGUUGGUGGUAUUGGCUCUUUAUUAUUGGCACAAUACUGGAAUGCUUUACGUGGAAUACAGAAUGAACCACGGUUGUCCAACCAGUAUAAGAUCAUUAUGACAAACACAGACUGGCGACCAAUCAGGUUUUAUUAUGGAAUGCGCUUGUGCUAUGGAAUUUAAUGUUUGGUCGUCAGAAUAUUACAACAAGCUACCGUUUUAUGCUGUUGAGAGAAAGACAACUUGCGCAAUUGAGAAUCCAUUACAAGCGUACCUUCAUCGGCAGACAAUCUAAUAUCACAAUACGCAAUAUUCCUAAUAUAUAUAUAUAUAUAUAUAUAUAUAUA